GAUUCCAAAAGAAAGUAGUUUUUUGUUUUAUAUGAGAAUGGUGAACCACAUCUUCUUCCAUUUUCUUCUCUUUACCAUUUUUGUUAUGGUGGUAACAGGGCAAAAAGAAGAUUCAAAUGGCAGUUCAAGAGAUUUGAGUUCAAAUGAGUCUGAGAUAAAUGGUGAAUUCUCUCUGUCAUGGUGGAAAGAUGAUGAUCCUAUAAGGAAGUGCAAUGGUUCUCAGGGACUUUGCAAUGACAAUUGUGAUGAAGGUUGCUGCAAUUCAAAAUGUGCUGCAAAAUACAAAGAUGGAGUUGGGACUUGUAAACUCUAUGUUGAGGGUUUUAACUUUUGUAUAUGUAAAUAUGCUUGUCAUCCAAAUUAGGGCAAAUUCUAUAUAUCUACACAUUUUCAGUGUCUAUUUACC